UUAAAGAAUAAGAGCCUUAUUUUGGUACUUUUGUCCAAAUUCCGCCAAACAAAACUGUAUCGCCGUCUAUCUUCUUCCUCAAAACCCUAGAAACUGUAAAACCCUUCACUAUCUCUUACACACACCAAUUACAGUUCAACUUUAGUUUUGUCUUCCCAACAAUGUCUUCCAAAGGUCUGAAAUCGACCAAGAGGAAGGUUACUGAAACAUUCGAUUCUCUAAAAUCGAAGAAGCCAAAGCUGGUGUCUGGAGAACAACAACAACAACAUGGGAAACCCAAAUAUUUUGGAGACAGGGAGCAGAGUACUAAUCUAUCGAAGAAGGAGCGUCGUGUACAGGCUAAGGAGCUAACAGAAGCUAGGAAGAAGAAGAGGAAGCCACAUUACAAUCUUGAGCAAGAGCUUGCAUCUCUAUGGGAGAAGAUGAGGCGUCGUGAUAUUGGCAAGGAGGACCGAUCAAAGCUGAUUUCUGAAGCUAUAAGGAAGAUGAAGGGGAAGGUUCCAGAGAUUGCAGUCUCACAUGUUUCAUCCCGUGUACUCCAGACUUGUGUGAAGUUUUGCUCACAAGCUGAAAAAGAUGCUCUCUUCGCCGAACUCCAGCCACAGUUUCUUAACCUUGCUUCUAAUAAAUAUGCUGUUCAUUUUAUACAGAAGAUGUUGGAUGGAGCAUCUAAGCAGCAGCUGGCAGCUUGUAUAUUCAGCCUCCGGGGACAUGUUGCUCCUCUUCUCCGUCACCUGUUUGGAUCUGUUGGUAUGUAGACUACUGAUGUAACAUAGUGAUGUUUCAAAAUAUAU